GCGGGAGGGGCGGAUCGCGCUUCUUUCUGUCUGGUCACGUGUGGCGGGAAGUGGCGCCUGCAGCAGAGUUCUGGAGAUGGGGACCUCCCUGGACAUUAAGAUUAAAAGAGCGAACAAGGUUUACCACGCCGGGAAAUCAAGGAAGAGAAGCUUCUACUGAUGUUGUGAUUAUAAUACGCCAACCAGUGGUCAACCCAGAUCCCGGUCCCAAGAGGUUAACUGAAAAACGUUCUAACAGAAGAACUUCCCUCAGGAAAUGCUCUCGGGUGUGGUGGUCAUAUGUGGAAAGGACUCUGUCCAGCACCAGGGCGUCUCUCUGACCGUGGAAGGAACUGUGAACCUCCAGCUCAGUGCCAAGAGUGUGGGUGUGUUCGAAGCUUUCUACAAUUCGGUUAAGCCCAUCCAGAUUAUCAACAGCACCAUCGAAAUGGUGAAGCCGGGGAAGUUCCCCAGCGGCAAGACUGAAAUCCCGUUUGAAUUCCCCCUGCACGGGAAGGGCAACAAAGUCCUGUAUGAGACGUACCACGGAGUGUUUGUCAACAUCCAGUACACCCUGCGCUGCGACAUGAAGCGGUCUCUGCUGGCCAAGGACUUGACGAAGACCUGCGAGUUCAUCGUCCACUCCGCUCCUCAGAAGGGGAAGCUGACCCCAAGUCCCGUGGACUUCACGAUCACGCCUGAGACCUUGCAGAAUGUCAAAGAGAGAGCCUUGCUCCCAAAAUUUCUCAUCCGGGGCCACCUGAACUCGACCAGCUGCAUCAUCACACAGCCCCUGACAGGCGAGCUGGUGGUGGAGAGCUCAGAGGCCGCCGUCCGGAGCAUCGAGCUGCAGCUGGUCCGCGUGGAGACCUGUGGAUGCGCGGAAGGCUAUGCCCGUGACGCUACUGAGAUCCAGAACAUUCAGAUUGCCGAUGGGGAUGUCUGCCGGGGCCUCUCGGUCCCCAUCCACAUGGUCUUCCCCCGGCUGUUCACCUGCCCCACGCUGGAGACCACCAACUUCAAAGUGGAAUUUGAGGUGAACAUCGUUGUGCUGCUUCAAGGCGAUCACCUCAUCACAGAGAACUUCCCGCUGAGGCUCUGCAGGGUGUAGCGGGCAGAGCAGCGGUGAGGCGCAGCCAUGGGAGCCCUGCGGGCUGGAGCCCCGCACAGGCCGCUGUCCCCGUGACGGCUCCGCUCCAGAAAUGGACCUGGGAUCACAGUCACCCUCUUCCUCGUUUCCGCGAGUCUUCGGCGGCCGGCAGGUGCCUCUAAAUUCAUUGGGAUUUCCUAAUGUUAUCGGCAAGGUCAUUUCAGAAAGCAAAAUUUCUCAGGCCGCCUGACUCUCCUGCUGCUGCUUAGGGCCAGAGGACAGCGGUAACAGCAGUUGGAGCUCUGCUGGGAAGUGAGGUCCCAGGUCGGCAGGGAGCAAUCCCCUACCCUGUGCCUGGCAGACAGAUGGGUCUAGGACUGCAACCGCAGAGCCACCGCAGGACAGGGACAGGUGUGCCCCUUGCUGGUGGCAUCCACAGAUGCCCUCUGAGGUGGAUGCCCUCCUGGGAGGAUGCCCAGUGGCCGCCACUGCAGAGCUCUGUAGUUCUCCGACACUGUUCACAGUAAGUUCUCUUACAGAACUGGAAGAAAGUGUUCCUUGCUGUCAUUGGACUGAGGGGAUUUGGUGACAAUGGCUGAAGUAUUUCUGAAGUCUUGGGACCUGGUAUAAAAUCACGUGCCACUGGGUUCCCAGAGUGCGCUUCAGGGCCAGGUUAUGAGGGGGCCACAGGUGUCUGUGCCUGGUGUUGGGUGGGUUCUGAGCAGCAGGAGGCUCGUUUCUGGGGUAGUAGGUGAAGGCCUGUCUACACUGGCUGGUGCCAAAACAGUGCCCUGGACCCGAUGAACUUGGCCUCUCUCCAACUCCCAAGGGACCUGUGUCCCAGCCAGGGGACUGGGCCUGAAACCACUUCCUCCAUAGCCCCGUUCUGUGGUUCACAGUGUGUGGUGAACCUGUCACAGCCCAUUUCUUCCUUCCUGUCCUGCCAUCUCCCAUUGGUCCACCAUUGACAAGCCCUCAGAAAUAAGUGCUGCGCUUUGCCUGCCGCCAGGCCUUCCCUGCCAGUCUCCCGCAUGGGCGGGCUUGGGCAAGGGGGGCUCAGGUGGACAGCCAUCAUCCCUGGGCGGCAUCUGACGUUGUGUGAUGCUGAGUGCAGACCGCCCCGACCCAGGAAUGGCUUCACCCCAGGACUCCACCAGAGAGUGUGACCCUACUUACACAGAGCCAUUCAAAGGCCAGUUCCCACAGGACACAUUGCUGGUUCAUAAGUCUCCUCUCAUGCUCACAUUUGUCUUUGACGAUGGGUUUAAAGUAGCAGAAAACAAAGAGGCUCUACUUCUGGGGACAUUUCACAGGUAGAAAUCAUUUUUAAUGGAAAAUAAACCUAAGUGAGAAUUUUGAGGAAUUGUUUCAGAGGUAUAAUGCUAUGUCAUUUCUUUAUUAAAUCCAUUUUAUGGGCAUAAGUAGGACAAGUACUCUUAGGGAAUCAUUGUUACCUGAAAAGGGGCCACAGCACAGCCACCCUCCUCCUUUCCUUCACCCUGGGAGGCUCUGGCAAGGGCCCCAAGCUGGACAUCCCCUUCCCCUCUGUGGCCAGGCACCCCGACCGGUGGUUGUUAAGGGAAACUCAGAUGUCUGGCUGCCCUGGCUGGAGCUGGGGCUGUCCACUCUUGGAGGCUGGGGUUGUCAGAUUCUCUCAUUUGAGGAAGAGGCGGUGAAGGAAAAAGUCUAAACUAUGAAUUUACUGUUUUGGAACUGUCCCUUUUGGCAGAAACACAUUUUGGCCAUUGAAGUUCCAGUAGAAUUGGGGCCUGGCUCCAGUUCUCAGCCAUGUUGCAGAUUCCAGGGAAGGUCGACAGGUUGAGCAGAAAUAAAAUGUUAAAAGAACCAAGCAUUGUGCCUGAGUUU